GACGGUCUGAGACAGCACCGCCAAGCUGGGAACCCGGGAGAUGGCAGAGGCUGAGCCCAAGACCAUGCAGGAUCUCACCUCGGUGGUGCAGACACUCCUGCAACAGAUGCAAGAUAAAUUUCAGACCAUGUCUGACCAGAUCAUUGGAAGCAUUGAUGACAUGAGCAGUCACAUUGAUGGCCUGGAGAAAAACAUCGCAGACCUCAUGACACAGGCCGGGGUGGAAAAGCUGGACGGGGAAAGCAGGAUUGCUGCCACACAGAAGACUUGAAGGUUGCUCAUCUGCUCUGGAAUCUGGAACACCCUUUUUACAAGCCAAGAGAAGCCGGAUAGCUUUUUGCAACUAACUACUCUGUGUAGACAGGUUUUAU